UUUCGCCAGAUACGGUCGUGUUGCGGUCGGACCUGCUAACAAGUUCUCGUAACCAUUAAAAAUCGCCAAGAGAAUUCCUAAACUGAAAAGUUUGUGAAAGUGCCAAGGCUUCCAUACCCACAAAAGCCAAAUUUAAAGUCAAAUAAAGUGCAAAUAAUAGGAGCUGCAAUUAUAUACUACAUUAUUAAAUUAGAAAUUUAAAUCAAAAAUUAAAAGAACCGGCGGCAAGCGCCAUUAAAGUCGGGUCGAGCCACUCUUGGAUUACGCGCUCCCCCUCAGAGGUUUCGCUUUCGCCACCUGUUAUAAUGGCAAACACCCAACCAGAAAAGCUCUACAUGCAACUAAGCGCAGCGGAAUUGGCGGCUAUUAUAAUGAAAGAUUCACCCAAUUCCAAUGACCGUGACGCAGGUUUCUGUUCCGCCAGCUCGGAAAGCGAAGGCGGAGACGACUUGGUCGUCGAGCACACGCGCAUUGGCAGUCCCGACAUCACGCCAAAAGGAACAGAAGACGCGUCUGACCCUAGCUCCAACUCGAACUCUAAGCCCAUUGCCUUGAUCCGCAACAAGCGCAAGAGCACGGAACCCUCCAAGGUCGUGGGUUCGCUGCCCGGCCCUUCCGUCCCUCCCACUGCGAGUAUGCAUGCAACGGGUCCGCUCAAAAAACGCAUUCGCUAUACUUCCUCGGCGGACUCAGCGGUGGUGCUGACACCUCCGGCCGUGGACUCUCCGCCGCCCAGUGCCUGCCUGUCAUCCUCGCUGAACUUGGAUCACGACAUGAUGCCGAAUCCGGCCCACAUAUUCGUCCGUCACCCAGGAGUCACCACUUUGCAUCGGCCGUUCGCCUCCACCCAUCCGGAGCAGCUGGAACCGCUCGCCUUGGUAACGAAGAAGACCAAAUUGGGCGUCGAUAAUGAGAUGAAAACGGAGCCCUACCCUAAGCUGCACAAUGCCAAGCCGCUGACUCCGAAAAAGUGCUACCGAAAAAGAUGGGAAAGACGCCCAGCAUCCUCUUCGCUGCUGGACGCGAGUCUCAGCGAUGAGGACACGUGCAAGGCAUCAGUCGGCCUUCGAUCUGAUGAGUCCAUGUCGCGACCCCACCAGAGCCAACACCAGCACCAUAAUCAGCGUAACUACAAGAACAUGACGCGGGAGCGCCGCAUAGAGGCGAAUGCUCGGGAACGGACCCGUGUCCACACCAUUUCCGCCGCCUACGAAACACUACGCCAAGCCGUUCCGUCCUAUGCCAGCUCCCAAAAGCUCUCGAAGCUGUCCGUUCUUCGAGUCGCCUGCUCCUACAUACUGACGCUGAGCCGGAUGGCUGGCGAGGACUACAGCGCCGACCAGUCCGAGCCAUCAAUCGCCGACUGCCUGGAGGCCGUCACAGCAACUAUUCAGACGGAGGGCAAGGUGAAGCGGAAGAAAGACGAGUAAUUGUAGUCAUGUAGAGAUGGACACCUAUUAAGACAUUCAAUGCGACUGAUUGCCGCUGUGUUCCUGAUAACCGGGUGGGCUUCAGCUUGGGCCAAUACUGUAUCUGCAUCCAGCAUUCCUACCCACACACUCUGAGUCCUGGGCAUAGUGGUCGCCACGGGUGGCCGCAUAGCUUUAAAAGUUUUCAAAGCUUUGUUUAGAUGUAACAUAGAAGACCAGGGUGCGAGUCGAGGAAUAUGAAUAAUGCGCAAAAUACACUAUAGUUGUACCAUAUACAUUAGAUUUAGAACUUAAUACCAGCGAUGUGAUCCUAAUUUAAAGUCGCUUCUUACUAAAACCAGACUAGGUAUGGAACAUUUAAGGCAGUACAAACAGUCAACAGCCUGCACUCUGAAACUGAAAAGACAAUAACCCUAGUGGACAAUAACAUGAGCGUUUGGCUAUUUUCCAAAUGUUCACUCUACUUCUACCAUUUAUUUUCAAAAUCCAAUUAUAUAAGAACUGGAUUCAUGUUUGAAGCAGCCACAACACCCCUGGCCAAAAUGGAUAGAUAUAACACUAGUAAUAAUAUUCGUAAAUUAAGCUAACAACUAAGAACUCAACCCAAACUUGAACUUAAGCGUACAUUAUCGUCGAGAAGCAAUAAAGUGUGGCUUUUAUGGGCUUCUGUUCUCU